GCAGGCCUUGCUUGACUCCAAUCUUGGAGACGUUUCAGUUGGCAUGGACUAGUGGGGGCACAAUACAAGAGUGCGCACACUUCCUGGAGCUCAAACAACCUCCGCAGAAAACAAGAAAAACAAACGAGCCCAUGAAGGCGAGAGCUGUAAAGUUCUAGCCCCGCGUCCGAUGGCUCGGAUGGUUUGUCCUGGUUAAUGGGACACGGAAAAGCAGGUUUUAUCGAGCGGUAUUUUCGGGUAACAUAGAAAGGCCGAUGUGCGGAGCGGUAGCGGCGGUGUGGAGUGAGCGCUGCGCGGAGGGGAGAUCCAUCGACCGCACCAGCGCGAGCCAACAAGCGGCCUAGCGCUAACACACAACAGCCGGCGCUUUUAUGUCGAUGGGAUACCCUUAGGCGUACUUCACAGAGACUCUAGGGCGUAUUCCCCCUUCUGAAUGAAAACGUUUUUCCGUCGUUUGGCAUGUCUGACAUACUUUAAUCUUGUUUGGAGCCUCUUAGCCGCCUGGCUAACGGAUUAGAUUGACAGGUUAGCUCGUUAGCCGCUAAACAAGUUUUUAAAGUGACUUAUCAUACACGUAUGCCUGUGUAAUGCAGACCGUGCCGAGAGAAGAGCUUAAGCUUCCGUUUUUAUUCUGAAAACCAUUCGGUUGUGAAGUCUGAAGAGUUUUGGGACUAUAAAGUCUGUUGUUUGUGUAUUAAUGACUAGCUGGCUAACGAGCUAGCUAUGUCUAUGUUCUCCGCCGAAAUGCUGGAAACAACACCUAACGUUAUGUACCCGUUUGAGGAGAUCGACUAUGAUGAUAUUGAGGUGGAGGAGGUGGUGGGCAGAGGGGCCAUUUGGUGUUGUGCGCAAGGCCAAGUGGAAAGGCAGAGAUGUGGCCAUCAAGACAAUAGAGAGUGAAUCGGAGAGAAAUGCCUUCUUUGUUGAGCUUCGUCAGUUGUCUCGUGUAAAUCAUGCCAACAUUGUGAAGCUGUAUGGUUCCUGCAGUGACCCUGUGUGUCUGGUGAUGGAAUAUGCAGAGGGGGGUUCAUUGUACAAUGUGCUGCACGGUGCAGAGCCUCUUCCUCACUACACUGCAUCUCACGCCAUGAGCUGGUGCCUGCAGUGUUCCCAGGGGGUCUCGUAUCUCCACGGCAUGAAACCAAAGGCUCUCAUUCACAGGGACCUCAAACCUCCCAAUCUGCUCCUGGUUGCUGGAGGUACAGUGCUGAAGAUCUGUGACUUUGGGACAGCAUGUGACAUUCAGACACACAUGACUAAUAAUAAGGGAAGCGCAGCCUGGAUGGCCCCAGAGGUGUUUGAAGGCAGUAACUACAGUGAGAAGUGUGACGUGUUCAGUUGGGGUAUUAUUCUCUGGGAGGUGAUCACACGCCGGAAGCCCUUUGAUGAAAUCGGUGGCCCUGCUUUCCGCAUCAUGUGGGCUGUGCACCGUGGCACACGUCCACCUCUCAUUAAGAACCUACCGAAGCCUAUAGAGAGUCUGAUGACUCGUUGCUGGUCCAAAGACCCAUCGCAGCGGCCUUCCAUGGAGGAGAUAGUGAAGAUUAUGAGCCACCUUAUGAGGUUUUUCCCAGGAUCAGAAGAGCCUCUUCAGUACCCUUAUCAGUAUUCAGAUGAAGGCCAGAGUAACUCUGCUGCCAGCACAGGCUCAUAUAUAGACUACACAUGUACCAGCAACAAGAACGACAUCAACAUGGAGCGCACCAACUCCCCUGGCAGCAACGACACCAUCAAGUUCCCAUAUAAACAAAAGAGCGACCCGUUAAGGCCUGGUCACCCUCUCUCCAGAGGGGGCAGUGUAGAGAGUCUUUCUGGCAGGCCACAAUUUCUGGCUUCCUCGGACAGCAAACGAAUGAGCACUGAUCUCUCCGAACUGGAGCACAGAUUGCCCUUUGCUCCCGCAGCACGUCCACAAUUUAAGCGAGGUCACCGUAAAACGGCAUCAUAUGGCACCAUUCUGGACAUUCCCAAGAUCUUCGUCACAGCAACUUGUGAGCCUCAUAGACGCAGUUCAGUGCAGGAUCUUCCUGGUAUAGGUACAGAGUCCAGUCAGGAUAGUAGGAACAGCAGCAGAGCAUCCAGUCCCAGUGUGAGGAUGAUUACGCCAGACAAGACAGACACCAAUGGCUCAGAUAACUCCAUCCCCAUGGCCUACUUGACCCUGGACCAUCAGCUACAGCCUCUAGCCCCGUGUCCAAACUCCAAAGAAUCAAUGGCGGUGUUUGAGCAGCACUGUAAGAUGGCACAAGAGUACCUGAAGGUGCAGACAGAGAUUGCUCUUCUCAUACAGAGGAAGAAAGAGCUGAUAGAUGAGCUGGACCAGGACGAGAAGGAUCAGCAGAACGCGUGUCGCCUCGCUCAGGAGCACAAGAAGCUCCUAGAGGAGAACAAGAGUCUGUCUACCUUCUACCAGCAGUGCAAGAAGCAACUGGAGCUGAUCCGAGCACAGCAGCAAAAGAGACAGGGCACCUCAUGAACCUCUUUCAUUAUGAAACAGAGCUAGGCUGACUCUAUAAUCACAGUCCCCAUUAUCUUGUCCUCCCCCAUCCAAACAAUGGGUUGGUUUAUCUAUAGUUUGGCCCAGAAACCCCAAAAUUCUGCCUGUUGAAGCACCCAUGAAACCUGUGAAGAUGGUAACCGGAUGAAAUGGGUAAAUUUCUGCCAAUGCAAACCGUUCCAAGAUCCUGCACUCAACUGCACAAGCAUGCUGCGUUCCAUGUUCCCAUGAAUCCCGCAGGAUAUGCAAUAGCAGGGCCACGAUUAAAGCCAGGUGGGUGUGAAACACAGACUGUUGGCCACUGAUAAACACGCAGAUCUUCGGAGAUCUACAAGUCUAAAUGAGCCAGCAAAUGCAUUUUAUUUUCAAAAGAGGAAAGCUGCAUUUUACGCCAGGGCUUUUAAGUAUAGAGAUGUUUAAAAGAAGGAUGUAAAAUGAGGUCUUUCCCCUUCCUCAGACAUCCCCAGAAUUCCCUGUGGGGU